AUUUCCUUCGAGCUAUCCAUACUACUAUUGUAUAGUUAUAUGUAUGAUUUGGCGUCACCCAAACGUCUCUAUUACGGUCUCUUCCUGUCGGAUACUAUUACAAUCAUUUGAGCGUCGGGGGUUCUGCUUACAAGGUUACGUUGGGACAACAGGGAGCUCCGCACGCCCUUCGACGGUGCCGCAUGCGGUUGGGAGCAACAACUUACCCAGCAGCGCUCGAGACGACAUGGGAUAAUGGCCCCCUCAACACGAAUAUUCCCGGGCGAUGAAGAACUAGGGAAACGAGACGAUGACCACAAAGUACGGUCGAAGCCUAUCGCUGGGUGGCAUUACCGACGAUGGCUGCUCCGGAGGAACAUGAAGCGAAUUGGCCUCACUCUGGUGGCUCUUAUCGCAUUAUACUAUUUCGUCAAAAACAUACCAACAGAUCUGAAGCAGCCUUCAAUAAGGCCGUCCUACGGCCACUCCCCGUCGGGGGGUGGUGGGAUGUCCGGAUUGCAACCACCUUCACCCGAAAAGACACAAGCAGCACCAACGGGCGAUGAACUUGACGGAGAGAAGCAUUGGUAUAAUGGACCCAUUAAAUUCUACGAACUGGCAACCUCGUUGUAUUUGAUAAAUAGUAACGGGAGAACCGACUUCAACAAGAACGUUGUCUUUGCCGCUGCCAAUCUGAAGAGCGCCGCGACCUUGCUGCCUCUUGCAUGUGAGAUGGCAAGAUGGAAAAGAAAUGAAGUUCACUUUGCCCUGAUGGGCCGAGAGGAUAUCCCGAUGAAGACCCUGGAAAAAAUCAAUGGAAUUACCGCAGAUUGCAACAUUCGGAUGCAUGAUGCGCGACCUGAUUAUCGCCCAGAAAGUACCGACUUUAGAAUGGAAGUUAGCAGUGGAGCUGCAUUGGGCCAUAUCAACAACUAUAUGCACCCGCAAGCCGUCAUUGUGGACGGUUCUGGCACUGAAGAGGAGUAUUUUCUCAGAGGGGUAAGAGAUCGAUCUAUAGAACUCGGAAAAACCCUCAUUGAGCUUCCAUAUAAUGCCGAGCAAAGCUUGAUAUGGCUUACGAGGCUGGAUAGCUGGUCUUUGAAUGCAUAUAACAAAAUCAGUAUCGAUAUACUGAUUCACGCCCAGCCUGCAGCAUCCGGAUCAUUAAUAAGGCUCUUAACGUCAUUGAAGAAGGCGGAUUAUUUCGGGUCCGCCCCUCCCCGCCUGACGAUCGAGUUGCCCAAUGAUGUUGAUGAAUUUGCAACCCGAUUCCUGGCGCACUCGUUCAGCUGGCCACCAUCAGAGCUUCCCGUGCAGGGGAGCGCCCAACAACUUACACUACGUCGGCGUAUACCGCACGAGAGACUGACUGCCGAGGAAAGCUCUAUCCGCUUCCUGGAGUCUUUCUGGCCGGCGAAUCGAUUCACGUCGCACGUCCUGGUCCUCUCUCCCCAGGUUGAAUUGUCGCCACUCUAUUAUCACUAUCUCAAGUAUGCGCUUUUAGAAUAUAAAUACUCCUCAGCAGCCGCCUCCUCAAUGAUGUCCCACGAAGACCUCUUGGGUAUCUCCCUGGAUCUCCCCUCGACCUACCUCAAUGAUACUACGCCCUUCACAGCGCCACCGAACCCCGCAUCAGCGAAGGCCCCAGAAGCUAACGGCCCAUCCUUUCUCUGGGGCUCUCCAAACAGCAAUGCAGCUCUCUACUUCGGCGACAAAUGGACUGAGCUCCACACCCUCGUCUCACACUCGCUCAGCUCCGCCUCUUCCGCACCCAAGAAACGCAUCAGCACCUCCUACCCAUCUUGGCUCGAGUACAUCCUCACUCUAUCUAACUCCCGCGGCUACUCGAUGCUGUACCCCCAGCUGACAGCUGGCGACGCCCUCGCCACUGUGCACAAUGAACUCUACCAGCCACCUGAAGAAUUCGACAAGCCAAAGUCGGAAACCGACACGACGGCAGAGGAUGGCAACUUCACAGCCGACCCGGCACAGCAUCUAAGCUUGCAGCACAAGGAGUUUCCACUGGCACAUUCGAACCUAGUUAAUAUGCUCCCUGACAACCAGGUGCUAGCGCCGCUACACACCAUCCCGUUGUUGACCUGGGAUGGGAGGGUAGUGGAUAGGUUUGAUCUCGGUGAUGAGGCGGAGGAAUUCAGUGCGAAAUUCCGGCGCGAGGUGGGUGGUUGCAAAAAGCCUGUCCCAGCUAAGACAAGGCUCGUGAAUGUGGGCGUGGAGAACCUAUUCUGUGAUGGAGGCGAGGAAGAUGAGGUGCCUGAUAAGGCAGCCGACAAAGCGACUGAUGAAGCCGAUAAUAAGGCAUCUAAAGAGGCACUUGAUGACGAGGAUGUAGAGCCCACUGAGACGGAAGAGAGUCAUAGCACAACGCCUGCUCACUCCCACUCCACCGAAACGGCUGCCGAGGGGCAUAUGAAUGCAAACCAGGAAGAGGGGAUAAUCGUCGGGACAUGAUGAAUAUAACGAACUGUACUGUAUGUAUUAUCUGAGUCUGUACUUUUUUGGUUAGCAUGUACUGGAGACACCGCUUGCCCCUGGUAGGAAGGCACUGCAUGUAUUUUUUUCCCGACAGACUAUGAGCAUAGAGCUCAUAGUCGAGUCUAGGCUAGUUAUGCCAAAGCACUGUUUUUUUCGAAAUGCAAUAUCACAUAGAAGCAUCAAGUAGUGAAAAUAUU